AUGAUGGCAACAAGGCAACGCCCAUGGUGCAACGUGCAGAUGGGACAUUGGGGCACCCUCCUCCUCUCAGACUCCCAGAAGUCCAAGCCUAACGUUCAAGCGUGCAGCCGGCCCAAGGCCAAAGUGCAUCGAGCCGUAUCCACUUUGCAGCCGGUUCUCACCUCCGGCUUGGACGCUGCAUCUACUGAGAACCUGUUUAGGAAAAUUGACGCUCACCUGUCCAGCACCCAAGGCCUGGUAUCACGACAGGCCUGUCUGGUUUACGACUUUGCCAACAUUGCCAACAUUGCACGGACUGCCUUGACGAGGCCCGACAUUGACCUCUGCACGCCCGUUAAAAUGGAGACGAACUUCCCGUAUUCUCGAUUGGCGGUCUUGUUGAUCAAGACACCCCACGACUAG